AUGCAACACAGUCAUGGCCUCCCAGGCCCCUCUUUGCACACGUUAAUCGAAUGCCCAGUCGCAUCAAGAUGCCAAACGACAAUAUCCGUCACUUGUCAGAUUGAAAGUUCGUGUGGCUAUGAACAGGAACGCGACGGCUUGAAUCAACAGCCCAGGGGAACUGAGACAACCUUCGCGUCCUUUUCUAGGGCGCCACAACUACACACCCUAAUUCAGGACGUUGUGAGCAUAUUUCCCCAGCGAUUUUGCUUUCCUGUUCCGGCUUUGAUUCAACAUAGCGUCUUGGCUUCCGGCCGGUUCCUCGCUGCGGUAUCCUCCCGACAUGGGUUCGUCGGCAGAUUCUUUGCCGUGCGCACAAGCCAGGAAACAAGACAACCAGACGGCUCUUGGGUGAGACCUGCGGAUCUCCUGCUACCAGGAUCCAGAUUCACAUGCACGGUUGAAUGGACAAUCCAAGCGCUGUCUCCAGCAUCUCACGGUUCUCAUCCUGUCGCCUUGUUCAAUCGGGAAGAGCAGGGACGAUGUUGGGUGUCCCGUGGAAGCUCAGACAAUGCUAGCACGCUCUAA